CAAUGUUAUUGUCAUCAGAUUGUCAGAAUAUCCCAAAAAGUUUUGUUUUGAAUUCGAAACCUAACCUCCAAAAGUAAAAGAUUUCAAAUGCAAAAUAAUAGUAAAAAUCGUGAAAGCACCAUUUAUUUUAAAAUAGUUUAGAGUGAAAAAUUACAAUGUCUCAUAUGAUGGCAGGUAGACCUGGAGGAGAGUCGGAUUCGGAUCCAGAUGACUAUUAUGGCUUCCUCGAAAAGCCGCCCAGGAAUUACUUCCAGUAUCAACAACAGGAUGACAAAAAAAAGCUUGAGAUGGACUUGCAGGAUGCCAUCAUUAAUGGAAAUUUGGCAGAAGUGCGAGAAAUAGUUACUACCAGAUUAAACAACAAUGUUAACACUCGUCUGGACAGUGGCUGGACUGCUCUCAUGCAUGCCUGCUUUCAUGCACAGGAUGCUAUUGUUAAAUAUCUGUUGGACGAAGGUGCUGACCCCAAUUUUCGCGCAGACUCCAUGACACCAAUAAUGACUGUAUGCUCAAACAGUAAUGCCAGCAACGAAGCCAUAUAUAACAUAGUGACUAACUUAUUAGAAAAAAACUGCAAAUUAAAUUGUAUUGAUAAUUACGGACAAACUCCUCUCAUGAAAGCUGUUGGAUGUGGCAGAGUUGAUGUUGUACAGAAAUUUUUAAAUCUAGGAGUCAAUAUUGAAGUCAGAGAUCUACAGGGAUGGACAGCAUUGUUCUGGGCAGCUCAUCACAAUCAACCUCAGAUAUUGGAAAUCCUAAUAGCCCGUGGAGCGAGGAUGUCAGAAGUUGAUAAGUACAAUCGCACAGCUUUAGAUUUAGCGGAGUUACAUGAAUAUACUGAGAUAAUAGAGAUUCUGAAAAGGCAUCUUCAAAUUCCGGAGGACCAUGAAGACUCGUUUUAUAUGGAAAUUACGACGUGGCAUGAUUUUUACCCUGGAAUCAAGAAGGGACAAAGUCCAGACUACAGAAGUGAAAUCCCUCAUCUGUUAUAUGGUAUGCACCUUGAGAAUUUCACUGCAACCAUUAUGAAGACUGGCAUGGACCUGAGAACAUUCUUAUUGCUAGAAGAAAGUGAUAUGCUGAAAUUGGGCAUGGACUUACCAUAUGAACGGCAGAGGCUGAAGUGUGGACUUCGGAACUUUCAUAAGAGGAACUGGAAACUUAAAGCCGUAUCAGGUCUUGCUUUCCAAGAUAUUGAGAAUUUUAGUAUGCUUAGCUAUUUAACUUCUUUGGGUUCCCAUCUCCAUCAAAUAUACGUGCUAGAAGCAACCCUACAGUAUACUCUACGAGAAUACAACAAGAUUCAGGAUCAAAUCAAAUUUGAGCCGCCUGAGUCCCCGAUACGGGACAAAAUGGUCAACGCAGCCAAAAAAAUGCUUACAAAUAUCGAUAGUAUUAAAAGAGCUUCUGGAAGAGUCCGGAUUAUUUUGGAAAAGAUAGCUGAAAAUAACCCAGAGCCUGCGGAUCUAAUCAAAGAAAAGUCCACGCAAGACAUUGUACUGGGAUACUUUACUGAAGCCGUCGUCGUCGCCUCUCUGUGUAUAAUGGUCUACCAUGCAAGACACUGGUUCUCAUAUUUUGUAAGAAAAUAAACGUGUGUUAUUUAUUAUAACUGUUAUUGUAAGUUCAAAUUCUGGGGGCUGAUAUAUCUGUCGCGGGCAACAAGCUUAAUUAGC